AUGGCAACGGACGCCGGGUUCCGGACUCCAACGCCGCCCAGCCCCCAGGUCCGCGGGAGGCGCACGGCUCCGAUGGCGAGCUGGGGCGACGCGCCCGAGACCGAGGAGUGCCGGAAGAUCCUCGAGAGCCUCGAGUCGACUAUUGAACAAUUCCGGUUCAGCCCCAGACUUAAAAUUUCCGAUGAUUUGAAGGUUGGCUUUUUCAGCACAGACCAUGCUACUCAAACAGAUUCCAGUGAAAUUUUACCAUUAAAAGAGUUGAGUUCAUCUACUGAGAAGCUAGUACAGGUUAUUAGAUCUCUUGAGGUGGAUUUUGGGUUCCUCAGAGAAUUGCUUCAGUUGAAGUUUGAAGACCGUCUUAAAGAGGAGUCUUUCAACCUCUUCACUACUCUACAUGACAGGAUCCUAGCAAUCGAAAAACAUUAUCAAGAGAAUGAGGACAUCAUAAGAAAAUGCUAUAAUCAGCAGUUGGCUGACGCCAUAGCUGUUAUCAAAGGAAUGUACAAGCAAUUCUUUGAGGUGGAAGAAGAGACUUUUUUGCAAGAAUCAGCAACUAUCAAAAUGAGUAUUUUGUUAAAAAGACUGAAGGAGAGAGAGGGAAUUAUUAAGGAGUUAAAAGAAGAACUAGAUCAAUGUGAAGAGUCUCAACAACUUGACGCGUUUGCCAAAGAGACAGCCCUAGAAAGAGAGAAUUUGGAGCAGAAAGUGGAAAACGAGAGGCUGCUUCAAAUCAUUGCAGAACUCGAAGAAGCAAUCCGACUCAAUCUAAGGGAAAACUCGCUCUUAGAAGAUGAAAUUAUAUCUCUGAAAGACUCGGCAGCAAAGGAUCGUACAAUUAUUCAAAAGCUAAUUGAUGGCAGAGACAGAUUACUAUGUGAGCUUGAUUAUGAAAAAUCAGUAGUCCAAGAAAUGAUUAAUAAACAGAAGGAGGAAAUGGAAAUAAGGAAGAAGAUCGACAGCCUAAGCAGCAAGGGCCGGAAAACACUCAAGGGGAAAGAAUCGCCUUUGUCUCCGUGGCCCUUACAACCCGUGGUUCCUUCCAAGGCCGGAGCCAUUUCAAGGGCACGCUCGCCCUCCUUCAGUGUAGCGCCUGGUAAGAGCAAGAGAGUUAAGAGUCCAAAGAAAUCUGCAAAGGAAGAACAGCCUGCGGCAAAAUCUCCAAAACCAGUUGAAGUGCACGAAGCAAUGAAGGGGAAAUUAUCAGUAACUGAGAUCGGAGAAAAACAUGUUUUGGAGAAGCAAAUACAAGAACUAAAGGCUAAUUUAGAAAAUGAGAAAAAGAAGACAGAAAGAUUGAGGAAAGAAUCAGAAUGUAUGAACAAAAAUUGGGAAAAGAAAUUCUAUAUUCUCAGGAACAGCCUUCAUGCCCUUAAAGAUGAGAUGUUUACUAGGCACACAUUGUUUCGUCAGUUUGCAGUACUUGCCGAUUCAUCCUUCAAUUAUAUCAAAUUAAAGCCUUUGUUUGUGCAGUCUAAAAUGAACCUGACAACAGAUCCUACUUUCUCAUUAAGUGAUUAUACAGCUGUGCUAAGCAACAAAGACACGGAUGUAGUCAGUGAUCAGACAUAUUUAUCCCCUGAAUCAAAAGGGAGGUUGUCUGGAACCCCGGAAGAAGAGCCUUUGGAGAAGCCGACGAUACUCCAGAACACCCCAGUGAAUGAUAGGGACGCCACCGAGUAGGGGCAACGCGCUGGGUUGCGCGGAGCGGGACCACAGAGAGGGCCCUGUCCCGCCUGGCGCCAGGCCUGCCUCCCUGGCAAAGGGAUACUACCUACACGGGCGUUUCUAACGAAGCUGUUCGUCUCUCCGAUGAUGAUGAUGAUGGUGAUGACGACAUAGACUAACUCGAGACAAGGCCCGCCCUUGAAGCGAAGAGAACGCGAGGUGUGCCGGCUGUGCGCACCUUUCCAAACCCUUAACUGCAGGUGCUCGCUCGUGCUGGGGGAGCGGGACGCACAGACUUCGAGGGGCUGCCAAAGCCAUAGGGGGCGCUUCCUGGGCUCAGCAAUAUGCCCCAAAGCCUUACCGGGGUGGGGAGGAA